AAUGAUGUCAUAAUCAUGGAGGAUUAGGUUUAUUUUGGAUUCUGGCGAGAACAGAUCCAAGUAUUAUGCCAACGAUUAGCGACUGAUAUUUAAAAAAACAAAAAAAAAUCAUCCAAUAUUAUUACGGGUAGAUUGGAAAAGGCUGUCACUUUUGCCUUCUCCACAAUAGUCAUUUCAAUUGGGCAGAUCAAGGCAUAUGAAUAUCAUCUCAUUUGUCUUUCCAUACCAAGAAAACAGAAAUAAACCAUGAAUGAUGGCACUGAAGCAAAAUGGGCAUGUGAAUUUUGUACUUAUGAAAACUUUCCAGCAGCCAAAAAAUGUACAAUGUGCUUUAAGUGGCGUACUCCCCACUUGAUCUCAGACACCUUCAAUGAUGAGCAGGAUAUUUAUAAAAUGGCACCACUAGUAUCUGUUUCCCCAACAGAUCUCAAUAUUUUUUGUAGCAGCAGUAGUGGAAGUGGAGAAAGCAAUAAAUGGGCAUGCGAAAUAUGUACUUAUCUUAACUGGGCCAAAUCAACAAAGUGUGUCCAGUGUCUAAACCCAAAACGCAAAAAUUCACCACCUAUUUCUCAAUCUCAGGAAAAAUUUUCUAGCUUACUUGUUAAUACUUCAGAGGGGCAUCAGGCCAUCAAUGCAGACAACACUACACCAACACAUCUAUCUCCCAAUACAUUGUCAAACAAUGCUGUCAUUGAGAAAACCUCAAACUAUGACAAUAAAUCUAGCAUAUACACAUCCUUCCAGAAUCCUUCCAAGUGGAUCUGUCUUACCUGUACAUAUGAAAACUGGCCUCGAUCUUUAAAAUGUGUUAUUUGUGGUACUCCCAAAGAAAAAAUAUCUGCUGAUAUUCAAGAAGCUGUUGGACCAAGCAGAUCUGAAAGUAACUUUCCAAUGCAAAGACGAAGUCCAUCUGCCUCAAUAGCUGGUCGUCGGACUAUAGUGGAUCGCUCUGAUAAUUAUUUGGCUGGGGCAUCAGCUUCAUCUGUGACUAUAUCAUCCUCAUCCAAACAACCGCCAUCACCUCCGCUGACCAGAGAGAAAAGGCUUGCAGUGUUGAGAUCCAAGUUACGUGAUUCUGACUGGCUUUGGUUAAACGCCUGCAUGGGAGCUGUUGAAGGAGAUUUGGAGGCUAUUCAUGCAUUUAUUGCUGGGGGAGGUCACCCCUCAAGACAGCUGACUAUGCAGGAAGUUGAAUUAUUAGACAGACCAAGUGCCUUUCAGGCAGGCUACACCUUGGUGCAUUUAGCAAUAAGGUUCCAAAGAGAGGACAUGCUUGCUAUUCUUCUAACUGCAACUGAUGCAGCAACUAAAGCAACCAAACGUUUGCCCUGUAUGGCUUGCCCAGAUUUAGCAACUGAUAUUAGAAGACAAGUUGUAUCAUCACUUCGUCAAAGAAAAGGAGAUUUCCCUUGCUCUUUUCUAACAGACUGUGUCACUUUUUCACUGCCAGCAGAUAUUGAAGAUCUUGAAAGAAAUAUCCAAGAGCAAUUAUUUGAUGAAAUCCUAGACAGGGAUGUACAGAAUGAACUGGAGGUAGAAGAAGCAAUUAUUAACUGGAGCAUUGAGCUAACAGACAGAUUAGGCAGUAGAUUGUAUGCAUUAUGGAACAGAACAGCUGGAGACUGUCUCCUAGAUUCUGUCUUACAAGCCACAUGGGGUGUUUUUGAUCUUGAUAAUUCCUUGCGGCGUGCAUUGGCAGAUAGUUUGCGGGAAGGAGCAAUGAAUUUUUACCCCCGGUGGAAGGAAUAUGAAUCUAUGCAAGCAGAGUCUUUACAUUUUACCCUUGAUGAAAGCCAGUGGCAACAUGACUGGGCUGUACUUCUAAGCCUUGCUAGUCAGCCUGGCACAUCACUGGAACAAACUCACAUUUUUGCUCUGGCCCAUAUUUUAAGGCGACCCAUUAUAGUGUACGGAGUCAAGUAUGUUAAAAGUUUUAGAGGAGAGACUAUAGGUUUUGCAAAAUUUCAAGGUGUGUAUCUACCCCUUUUGUGGGAAUCCUCUUUCUGUUGGAAAAACCCUGUGGCACUGGGCUAUACAAGAGGCCAUUUUUCAGCCCUUGUUCCUAUGGAGAUGGAUAUGGAUGAUGGGAUUGGUGCUGGUGCUAACACUGAUUCAAGUGAAGAUGAGCAAGUUGCUUACCUGCCUUUAGUAGACUAUGAGGGAAAACUUCUUCAGCUACAUUUUCUUUCAGGAUCAGAGACUGGCCGGGAAGAAAUUGUGUUAAGGGAGUGGCUCCAUUGUCAAAAAACCAAAGGUGGUCUUCUGGUGGCAACUCAGAAACUGGGCAAACGACCUGUUGCAGUCAAACAAAUGGUUGAUGAAUGGCUUGACCUCUACAGAAGAUUUAUGGUUCCACGUCCAUCCCUUUCAAUCAAAAGUACAUUUUCAAGUGAUGGUGAGAGCGAUGAUGAGUAAAUCAAAGUGUCUAAUACUUGCUAGAUGAACAGCUUUUAUUAUUGUGAUAGUUGUUAUAAAACAAAGUUGUUAAUAUCUGAAUGUGUAUAUUGUCUCAGUAUUGCUUGUCCUUAGCCUUACAGUUGGAUAAGAAAAAAAAGUUGUAACAUUUCUUAUAUUCUAGGCACACACAAACAUUAGACUGUACAUUGUUGCAUAAUUUAGCAAUAGAAAGUCUUUAGUAUAAGAGAAGGAUCAAAGUAACAUUUAAAUACCUUUUUUUUAAAUUAAUAAAUAACAUGAAAGCUAAGAUAAAAAGAAUAAGGCUUUCAGAAGUUGUUUUAAGUUGUUUUUAAAAAAAACCAGUAAAGUCAAUAGUACAAUUUUUUAAUGACUCACUUUGUGUGAUUGGUUUUUUUAAAAUGGAAUUUAUAAAUUUUCCUUCUACACCUAGAUUAAACCUUAAAAUCUCUUUGAUAAAUGGGGACGCUUUUGAAAGUAUUUAUUUAAUACACAAAGAAAAAUAAUUUUUUGUUUCCAGAUUUUUAUUUUUGAGAUCAUCCCACUACUGAAGUAAAUGUCCAAAAUCUUUUUUUUUUCAUUAAUAACAGCAUUUAUGUAUAAGUAAUAGAAUACAGUUGUUUUUAUUAUUUUUAUUUUGUUCUGCAAAAAUAAAAUGUUUUACUUUAAAUAGAGGAAAUGAGUGUACAUAAUGUAUAAUAUAGAAUGUUCUUAGCAUGUUUGAGAAAAAGUAAACAUAUCAUAACUUCAAUCUUUAUAGUGAUUCAGGGACAGUAAUUAGUGUUGUGUUUAUAUGAGUGAUAUUUUAAUUGUACUCUCAGAUGUCAAAGCCAAGCUUUAGUUUCACAAAGUUUACCUCAAUCAGAAAAAAUGUUUCCUGCAUUAUUAUUUUUUAUUUUUUUGCAGUUCUAUAAAAUAAAAGACUAUUUUUACUUAUGGCAAUUAAAAUCUGCCACCUAAGUUUAAGGAUUGUACCAGUAAUCAAUGGAAAUGUUGAAAAUAUUUUUUAAGUGCCAUAUUUUAAUGUGUAUAUAAUUAUUUUAACUAAUUCUUUAAAAAAAAAAAAAAAUUAAAUAUGAA